CGCUCAGCCUAACGUACGUAGUGGAGUAAGGUGCUGACAGCACUCAGCCCCAUGGAGACACCACGACGGACUACCUGACUGCAUAAGCGCAAAUGACAGCCCAGACUUCAACAAAUGUGGGCUUUCCACUGACUGUCGGAAUCCAUGGAGCCUCAAGAGGAAAAGCCGAUUAUUUACACAAUGGAGAACAAGCCAAUUGUGACAUGUGCUGGGGACCAGGCUUUGUUCAGCUCUCUUUACACCCCGCUGGCCCAGCAACUUCCCAGGGAACCAGUGGAGUGGAGGAGGUCAUACGGUCGGGCACCGAAGACAAUCCACCUAGAGGCCAACUUUAUCCAGUUCAAAGAGGAGUUCCUACCCAAAGAGGGAAACAAAGCUCUCCUCACCUUCCCUUUCCUCCAUAUAUACUGGACGGACUGUUGUGACACAGGGGUGUACAAGGCACACGUCAGAGAUGACAUCAUGAGAUGGCACGGCACCCUUCGUCUCCAUGGGUCGGCUGACUGGGUCAUCAUUGUUGCGGAGACGAGCAACGCCAAGAAGAAGAGCAAGACCAACAUCCUGCCUCGCUCAACAUUAGUGGACAGGAUCCGCAACGACUUCUGUAACAAACAGAAUGACCGGUGUGUGGUACUGUUGGAUCCUCUGAAGGACUCUUCCAGGUCUCGGGAGUCAUGGGGUGCCUUACUGCUGAAACUGAGGACUUUACUCCUCAAGUCGUUCACUCAGAACCUGGGACGCUUCGAGGACGACAUGCGCAAACUCCGCGAGAAACGUAAUCUACCCGGCUGGAGCUUCUGUGAAUACUUCAUGGUACAGGAGGAGCUGGCAUUUGUGUUUGAGAUGCUGCAGCAGUUUGAAGACGCCCUGGUCCAGUAUGACGAGCUUGAUGCUCUCUUUACCCAGUAUGUCCUCAACUACGGAGCUGGAGAUGGGGCCAACUGGCUGGGUCCCUUCUGCUCCCCGGUGAACAGCUGGACCGGGCUGCUCUUGCGGCGGCCCAUAGACAUGGAGAGCAGGGCCGCGAUCCGGCGCGGCGAGGCCAGCCUCCUGGAGCUCCGCAGCUACCUGUUCUGUCGCCAGUGUACCCUGCUCAUAUUCCUCGGGAGGCCCUGGGAGGUCACCCAGCGCGCCCUGGAACUGAUGCACAGCUGUGUUCAGGAGCUAUGCCUCCUGGAGGUGCCUGUUGUGGAGGGAGCACUAGACUGCUGGGUGUUCAUGAGCUGCCUGGAGGUUCUGCACCGUAUAGAAGGCUGCUGUGACCUGGCCCAGCUAGAGGCAAACAGGUCCCACACUGUAGGGCUGUGGGCCUAUGCUACGGACAAGCUGAAGUCCCUGGGCUAUUUGUGUGGUCUGGUGUCAGAAAAUGGGCCACAGUCUGAAGAGCUGAACAGAACCGUGGACCUGCUGGCUGGACUGGGCGAUGAGAAGCCUGAGACUGUCCACAGCUUGCAGAGCCCAUAUAAAAAACUGAAGCAGGCCCUGUCUUCUGUGGAGGCGUUUGAGAGACACUAUCUUGAGCUGUGCCAUGCUGCGGAAGAGAUGUACAGGGCCAUUGGCAGGAUGAGGUCGGCCUGGCUGGUUGGGAAGAGCCUUGCAGAGUUCUACCUGAGAAAGGGCGACCCUGGACGGGCGGAGGUCUUCUUGCAGGAUGCUCUGAGGUCUUACCUGUCAGAGGGGUGGAGUCUGCUUGUUACUCACACCAGGAAGCAGAUGGCUGAGUGUCAGAAACGGAUGGGCAGGACAGAGGACUACCUGCAGACAAGUGUCUUGUUGGCAAGUGAUGCCAAUCUCACCAUAGAGGAAAGGAAGCACUUCUGUCAGGAAAUUCUGAUCUUUGCCAAUCGAUCAACUGACAUCAAGGCUCCCUCUGCCUGUUAUCCCUCUACAGUCCAGAAGGUGGCGAUCAGUAUGAACGCAUUUGCCCAGCUCAUGCAGGUGCAGUUCCGCCCGUCAACAGCCGUAGUGCACUCUGGCGCCGCCCUGCAGGUGGAGUUGCAUCUGCGCAGCCUGAUGCCUGUGGCCGUGCACCUGGAGCAGCUGGCUGUCAGCGUCCACUUCAGCCUGAAGCAGGGAGGCACCGACGGGAAGGCCAGGGAGACUCAGAGUCGGCCAGGGACAGUGCUCUUCCCCCUGGGUAACUCGUCAGUGAUUCCCCCCUCCUGGGCUGUGGCUGGUCCCUCGCUGGUAGAGGUCCAGGACCACAGCCCUUCGGACCCCCGGAUACUCAGCUCGGCCGGCGUGGUGUGUAACAACACGCACCUCGUCAUGCGCCACAAUGACAGUGGCCCGUCGACAGACAUGCCCAGCCGCGUCAGCCCAGUUCACGUCGCUGUGGACAACGGAGUGCAGAUGCUGAAGACCCGGGAUGUCACUCUGUUGCCGGGAAACAACAGCAUUGCCUUCAGCGCUCCAAGUCAGGAGCCGGGAACCUACAAGUUGUGUCAGCUGUGUGCCACUGUGGGUCACAUCCAGUUGGUCCUGCCUCACAUCUCCCCUCUGGUCCAGUAUGACGUCUACUCCCAGGAUCCUCUGCUCAGCGUGGAGCCCCUAACAGACACGCUGCUUGCAGGCCUCCCACAGAGGGCAAAGGUCAGGCUGGAGACAGGCCACUACACUGUAAAGAAAGGAGACGCCCUGCAACUGUCUAACAUCGACACCAUGCCCAUCCUCACCGCCCCGUCCUCCUGCUUUUCUGCUGCCAUCCUCGACAGUACUGAAGAACUUGUGGGGCAGUGUCUUCUGUCCAUCCAUUCUUCUGAGAAGGUGACCAGGAUCUCUUUGCCUCCCACGCCUUCGCACCACGUCCUGGAGUUCCAGCUGGAGAUGCUGUGUGUCAUCCCGCUUGGCUGUGACCCGCCUGAGGACCUCGGCCUCAACGAAGGGGCCCGCCACCGACUUCGGCGCUCCAGCCAUCCCAAUGAACCCAUGGCCAUUAUCACCCAGAGGAUGUCCGUGGACUGUCCCUGGUCCAUCUACACCACUCCUAUAUUCCUGACCUUCCACAUCCCCUUUAAGGCCAGACACCAACUUCUGUCUGCCGGUAAGAGGAAGUACAUUCAGGUUUGUCUCCAGAAUGUGUCAGGGGUGAACUUUCGGUUAACGGACCUGAGGCUUACAGAAACACAACAGGGACCCUCUCUGAAGCUGCAGUCCCUCAACGCCAAAACACAACAGUUGGUGUGCAGUCAGCAGAGUGUAUACUGUGUGUGGGAUGUGGGGUGGAAGGAAGACAAGCCAGCCUGUCUACAAUGUGUGUUCUCUGCCAACUUUGCUCCUGCCUCUGAGAAGGACCCAGCCUUCCAUCCUUUUAACUAUGAGUUUCAACUGGAGAGAGUGAUGACGCUGUAUACAAUGAGAGCAGAGAUCCUGCCUGCAGCUGGUGAGCAGCACUGUCGCUCUGGUGUCCUCUGUGGGCUAGAGAUGUCUAUAACACGACUAGUUGUCCCUGAUGAUGAUGAGGGAAAGGCCGAUGAAGAAGGGCAAACUGAGGAGUUUCCUACCACCAACACCAAGCUAAUGUAUAAAGUGACGGACAGCAGCGGUAGCUGGGCCGUGUGCGGGCGGAGCUCUGGGCUGGUGUCCAUGCCAGCCGAUGCUAAUGCCAACCAUCGGGUACAGGUUGAGUUGAUGCCCCUGUUCUCCGGGCACCUACCCUUCCCCAACGUCAAUGUGUUCCAGUACUUGCCCAACAGUGCCUCCUCCGGCCAGCCUCUUACAAACAGCUGUGUAGAGAACAACGCCCUCCCCCUGCCGGUUCUGCUGGAUGACCAAGUGGACGCGGCCAGCGUGCCCCGUCUGGGGAGUGUCCGUCGCACCGCCACUGGGGAGCAGCGGUCUGGGGGUCUCCACAUGCCCCGCCUGGAGCCGUUCAGGCCGGGACAGGUCUUCAACCACAGCCAGGGACGGCAGGUCCUGGUGCUGCCUUCCGUGGACCAACACGUCCUGGAGAUGAACGCAACGUGACCCUGGUGGUUGGUCAGCCCCCUUCUACUACCACCACCUCAUCUGCAUGGACUGGGUUGGCUUGUCCUAGGCCAAGAUGGGGCUCCACUGGUCUGGAGCUUUAGUUGUUUUAUACCCAGACUACGAACUCUGUUUUAAACCCAGACUACAAACAAUUUUUUUAAACCCAGACUGUUUUAAAGACUUCGUACUCAGCUCUGCUAGCUGGGCUAGUACUGGGCCUGGAAGUGAAACAUGAGCUACACCCACCACAAUCAGUCUUUAUCCAAGCAUUUCCUGCUUCUUCGGACUGUUUGAAUCACUCUAUUGAUCCAUCACUGAGAAAGAGGGCACACGUUGCCAAACUGUGGAGAUAAUGAGGCAGUUCUUGCCCCGCCCCAAAACUCUUUAAAACUCUGAUGUUCAAUCCAAAGCCCUGAGUUGUGUGUUGAUGUGUUUGACUGUGUAUGCUUGUAGACUGAGGGAAACUGUUUUAUACCUCAGCUAUGCACACGUUCCUUUCACCAUUUCUAACCAAACCUCUAAACCAUCUCUGACAUGGUGGGUUAUAUCGCCCUCCAGUGGAUACCAUUUACUCUGCUACAUAAAUCAAUGAAAGGAGUCAGCAGAUUUCUACCUCAUAGGGGGGAAAAUGCUACUGUAUUUAUCAGAUAAAGGAAAUAUAAUGUGUUUAGUUCCUUCGUUUGGUUGAGAUGUUCCAGUAAACCCAUUUUCCAGCAAGCUUUUUUUCUCAAAUUUACAUGAAUAAUUCUUACAUUGUCUGGUUAGUAUCAGAUGUCAAUACAGUGUAGCCCAGAAACACAUUUUUUACAACCCUGUUUCCCAAAAUCUUUAAGAUGCAAAUAAAAACAGAAUGCAAUGAUGUGCAA